AAAUUGUUCGGAUCGUAAUUCCUUCACCACUUUGCAGGGUACAAGGAGGGCGUUUGCGUGAGGCGCAGGACAAAAGCAUCCCGAGAUAAUUUUUUCCUGGAAUCUCCGCAGCAUCGCCGGAUCCCCAAAAACCCACCGCUGCCGUUCAUUCAGUCGAACCUCAACUUUGUCGACCUGUGGGAGCUGGGAGCUGUGUGACGGCAAUCAAUCUGUCUUCAAAAUGCCUGUGGUCAAUGUAGACGACCUCGUUCGUCUGCAACGGAAGCCCGACGACAUCCGCAAUAUCUGCAUUCUCGCUCACGUUGAUCACGGCAAAACAUCCUUAACGGAUAGUCUGAUCGCCACCAAUGGUAUCAUUUCGCCCAAGCUGGCGGGCAAGAUCCGCUACCUGGACUCGCGGCCGGACGAGCAGCUGCGCGGCAUCACGAUGGAGUCGUCGGCCAUCUCGCUGUUCUUCUCCAUGAUGCGGCGGCCGGCGCCCGACGCCGCCCCGGAGCCCAAGGAGUAUCUGAUCAACCUGAUCGACUCGCCGGGCCAUAUCGACUUCAGCAGCGAGGUGUCGACGGCGUCGCGUCUGUGCGAUGGCGCCGUCGUGCUCGUCGACGCCGUCGAAGGCGUCUGCAGUCAGACGGUCACCGUGCUGCGGCAGGCCUGGGUGGAGCAGCUGAAGCCGAUCCUGGUCAUCAACAAGAUCGACCGGUUGGUGACAGAGCUGAAGAUGAGUCCCGGCGAGGCGUAUCUGCACAUGAGUAAGCUGCUCGAGCAGGUCAACGCGGUCAUCGGGAGUUUCUACCAGGGGGAGCGCAUGGAAGAGGACCUGCAGUGGCGGGAGCGCAUGGAGGAGCGCCUGAACAAGAAGCAGGAUCAAGACGACGAGCAGACGGCCGAGUAUGAGGAGAAGGACGACGAGGAUCUGUACUUUGCGCCGGAGAAGAACAACGUCAUCUUCUGCAGUGCCGUCGACGGCUGGGCUUUCACGGUGCGUCAGUUUGCUGUCAUCUACGAGAAGAAGCUCGGCAUCAAGCGUGCGAUCCUCGAGAAGGUCCUCUGGGGCGACUACUAUCUGGAUCCCAAGACGAAGCGUGUCCUGGGGCAGAAGCAUCUGAAGGGCCGGGCUCUGAAGCCUAUGUUCGUGCAGCUUGUGCUGGACAGUAUCUGGGCUGCCUACGAAGCGACAACCGGAGGCGGUUCAGGAAGAGGAGACCCCGCCCUGCUGGAGAAAAUCACCAAGUCCUUGAACAUCAAUAUCCCUCCCUACAUUCUACGUUCCCGCGAUCCCAAGAACAUCAUGACCACCUUGUUCUCAAUGUGGCUGCCGCUCUCAACCGCUGUGCUAGUCUCUGUCAUUGAAUACCUUCCCAGUCCACCCACCGCUCAAGCAACCCGUCUACCGGCUCUGAUCGCCGACUCUCCCGGAGCCGACUUCGUCGACCAGAAGGUCAAAGACGCAAUGGUCAGCUUCAAGACGGAGCCGAACGAGCCAGUCGUGGCCUACGUCAGCAAGAUGGUCGCCAUCCCGGAGAGCGAACUCUCGUCAAGCAAGAAGCGCUCUGGCACCACCAUGUCCGCAGAUGAAGCGCGGGAGAUCGCCCGCAAGAAGCGAGAGGAAAUCGCCAAGAUGCAGGCAGAAGCGGGCGGCCAGCAGCAGGAUGAUUUCGCGCGCGUAACAUCCGCCCUUGAACGGACCUACCUCGACGAUGGGCCGGCCGAACCUGAGGAGAAAGAAGACCCCGAGCAUCUGAUUGGGUUCGCCCGACUAUACUCGGGCACGCUCUCCGUGGGAGACUCCGUGUAUGUGAUCGCGCCCAAGUUCAACCCCGAGAACCCCCACGCCAGUCCCGAGCCGCAGAAGGUCACGGUCACCGAUCUGUAUCUACUGAUGGGCCGGAGUUUGGAGCCCCUGCAGUCCGUGCCUGCGGGUGUCGUGUUCGGUAUCGGGGGUCUCGCCGGCCAUGUCCUGAAGACGGGAACGCUUUGCUCGCAGCUGGAGGGAAGCAUCAACCUGGCGGGUGUUUCGCUGAACACGCCUCCCAUCGUCCGGGUGGCCCUAGAGCCCGUCAACCCCGCCGACCUGAGCAAGAUGGUGACCGGUCUGCGCCUGCUGGAGCAGAGCGACCCUUGCGCACAGUACGAGGUCCUCGACAGUGGUGAACAUGUGAUCCUGACGGCCGGCGAACUGCACCUGGAGCGUUGUCUGAAGGACCUCCGCGAGCGAUUCGCCAAAUGCGACAUCCAGACCGGUCAGACCAUCGUGCCCUACCGCGAGACGAUCACGAGCGCCCCGGAGAUGGCUGCGCCCAAGAACCCGGAGCUCGGCCGCGGUGGCAUCCUGGCUGUCUCUCCCUCGAAGCAACUCACCAUGCGCCUGCGUGUGGUGCCCCUGCCCGCCGUCGUCACGGAGUUCUUCUCCAAGCACGUCGGAACCAUCAAGCGACUGCAAACCGAGAAGCGACGAGCCGCGGAGAACAAGUCCGGAAACAGUGGCACCGACACCGAGCCCGCGGCCGAGAGCACCCAGCCCGUGGACGCCCGCGAAGCCACCACGGAGGAAGCCCGCGAGACGACCCUCCUCUCGCUGCAGGACUUCCGCGCGGAGCUGACCAAGAUCUUCGACGAAGAGGUCAAGGAGGACAAGGAGCUGUGGAAGAACGUGGUCGACCGGAUCACGGCCUUUGGGCCCAGACGCGUCGGCCCCAACAUCCUGGUGGAUGCUACCGCCGUCAACACCUGCGAGAAGUUCCUCCUCGAUGACCCCAAACAACAACCCACCAUCAACACCGACAGCAACACCAGUAGCUCUCGCGAAGCCCUCGUCGUCCGCGACUUCAACGACAAGAUUGCCUACGCCUUCCAACUAGCCACGGGCCAAGGCCCUCUCUGCCAGGAACCGAUGCAAGGCGUCGCCGUCUUCCUGGAGGAGCUCUCCGUCAACUCUACGAAUGGCGAAGACAUUGAUCUGGGCCGGCUGACGGGCGAAGCCAUCCGGCUGGUGCGCGAAAGUAUCUCCCAGGGAUUUCUGGAUUGGAGUCCCCGGAUUAUGCUUGCAAUGUACAGUUGUGAGAUUCAAGCGUCGACCGAAGUCCUCGGCCGCGUUUACGCGGUCAUCACCCGCCGACGCGGCCGCAUUCUCUCCGAAACGAUGAAAGAAGGCACCCCGUUCUUCACUAUCCUAGCGCUGCUGCCAGUAGCGGAGUCGUUCGGGUUUGCGGAUGAGAUCCGGAAGCGCACGUCUGGCGCCGCGCAGCCGCAGCUGAUCUUCGCCGGGUAUGAGGCGCUCGACGAGGAUCCGUUCUGGGUGCCGGCCACGGAAGAAGAACUCGAGGAUCUGGGCGAGUUGGCAGACCGCGAGAAUGUGGCGAAGCGGUACAUGGAUGCGGUGCGGCGGCGGAAGGGGUUGGUGGUUCAGGGGCGGAAGUUGAUUGAUGCGGAGAAGCAGAAGACUUUGAAGAAGUAAGUCGGUGGGAGGAAAGGGG